CCCCCCCCCCCCCCCCGCUGACCAUCACCCCUUCUCCUUAACCAAGGUCCUCCUGUAUCUCAUCAACAGAAUAUAGUGUUUUUGGCACCCAUCACGACACAUAGUUUCAGUGUCAAUACCCGAAAUUCUCUCGAUUAGCACCCAAAUCCACUACCUUCAUAUCACGUUCUAAUCCCAUCCCAAACAUGUGUGGCAUUUUCGGAUAUAUCAACUAUCUCGUUGAGAGGGACCGCAAAUAUAUCCUUGACACUUUGCUGAAUGGUCUCUCAAGACUUGAAUAUCGCGGCUACGACUCUGCUGGACUCGCAGUUGAUGGCGACAAAAAGAAUGAAGUCUGUGCCUUCAAAGAAGUUGGAAAGGUCGCAAAGUUGAAGGAGCUCAUCGAAGAGUCUAAACCCGACCUCACCAAGACUUUUGAAUCCCACGCUGGCAUUUCCCAUACACGCUGGGCUACACACGGAACACCGUCCCGCCAGAACUGCCAUCCGCACAGGUCCGAUUUGAAUUGGGAAUUCGCUGUUGUUCACAAUGGCAUCAUCACCAAUUACAAGGAGCUCAAAGCCUUGCUGGAGAGCAAAGGAUUCCGGUUCGAAACAGAGACCGACACUGAGUGUAUCGCCAAGCUUACAAAGUACCUGUACGACCAACAGCCGGACAUUGAGUUUACGGUGCUGGCCAAGGCUGUUGUGAAGGAGCUUGAGGGUGCCUUCGGUCUCCUUAUCAAAUCCGUGCACUACCCCCAUGAAGUGAUCGCUGCCCGCAAAGGGUCUCCCUUGGUCAUUGGAGUCCGUACCUCCAAAAAGAUGAAGGUCGACUUCGUGGACGUCGAGUUUUCGGAAGAUGGCGCACUUCCAGCUGAGCAGGCUUCCCAAAACGUUGCCAUCAAGAAGUCCGCCACUGGGUUGCUUGCCCCUCCUGACAAAUCCCUCUUGCACCGUUCCCAGUCUCGUGCUUUCCUUUCUGACGAUGGUGUUCCCCAACCGGCAGAAUUCUUCCUGUCUUCUGACCCAUCCGCAAUCGUCGAACAUACCAAGAAGGUCCUUUACCUCGAAGAUGAUGAUAUUGCCCACGUGCAUGAAGGUCAGCUUAACAUUCACCGGCUGACCAAAGAUGAUGGAACCUCCAAUGUUCGCGCGAUUCAGACAAUCGAGCUCGAGUUGCAGGAAAUUAUGAAAGGGAAAUUCGACCAUUUCAUGCAGAAGGAGAUAUUCGAGCAACCAGAAUCUGUGGUCAACACGAUGAGAGGCAGGCUGGAUGUUGCAAACAAACAGGUGACUCUUGGUGGACUUCGACAGUACAUUUCCACCAUCCGCCGGUGCAGAAGAAUCAUCUUCGUCGCUUGUGGUACAAGCUACCAUUCAUGCAUGGCUGUGCGUGGAGUUUUCGAAGAGUUAACCGAGAUUCCAAUCUCCGUUGAGCUUGCCUCCGAUUUCCUCGACAGACAGGCACCGAUCUUCCGCGAUGACACGUGCGUCUUUGUUUCCCAAUCCGGAGAGACUGCAGACUCGCUUAUGGCACUUCGGUAUUGUCUCGAAAGAGGGGCGUUGACUGUGGGCAUUGUCAAUGUUGUUGGCUCCUCCAUUUCACUUUUGACCCACUGCGGUGUUCACAUUAAUGCUGGCCCUGAGAUUGGCGUCGCUUCAACUAAGGCUUACACUUCGCAAUUCGUGGCCAUGGUCAUGUUUGCCCUCUCAUUGAGCGAAGACCGCGCCUCGAAGCAAAAGAGGCGCGAGGAGAUCAUGGAGGGUCUCUCCAAGAUCUCGGACCAGUUCAGAGAGAUCCUGAAACUUAACGAACCCAUCAAGCAAAUGUGCGCUAAGUUCUUCAAGGAUCAGAAGAGCCUGCUUCUGCUUGGUAGAGGUGGUCAAUUUCCCACGGCUCUUGAAGGUGCGCUGAAAAUCAAGGAGAUUUCCUACCUCCAUUGCGAGGCUGUCAUGUCGGGUGAAUUAAAACAUGGUGUCCUCGCUCUCGUGGACGAGAACCUGCCAAUCAUCAUGAUACUCACCAGAGACAAUAUUUUCACGAAGUCUUUGAAUGCUUAUCAACAAGUUAUUGCUCGCGGAGGUCGCCCUAUUGUUAUCUGUAACCACGAUGACCCCGAAUUCUCUUCGGCUCAAACGGAGAAGAUCGAAGUUCCGAAGACGGUUGAUUGCCUUCAAGGCCUUAUCAACGUUAUCCCGCUGCAGCUGAUUGCUUACUGGCUUGCGGUUGGCGAGGGCUUGAACGUUGAUUUCCCUCGAAACCUUGCGAAGUCGGUCACCGUCGAGUAGUUAGCCAUACUGUCCCUACUGUCCGACUCAGUCCGGUCACAGAAAGUGGCCUGGGUUGCGUUAUUCUCUCGUUUCUUUCCACCAUAGCCUCUGUGCAAAUGACUUGAAACUUUUCUAACGACAAAAGAAUGCAAGCGCUACCAAUAACAUCCGCCCAUCUGCUGAGCAUGGCUGCGAACCUGCUCUGGUCUAAAUGAAUCAUUCACUGAAAUUGAGAAAUCCAAAGUACAAUUUCGAGUAGUACGCACCGGCAGGGGUUCUUUGUCAUAAUUAUCUUCUAGAC